AUGUCUAUCAACGUGCGCUUCUUUUUAUUUCUUGCUCUCGGUGCAGUGGCCUUCGCUCACCUACCCAUCCCAGGCAGACCUGUCACUACACCAUUUGGUAAGAAAGGUAGUUGGGCAGCUGGUUAUCACACUGGUGCCGAUUAUGCAUGUCCAGUUGGAACAAGUGUUCGUGCAACAGCAAGUGGCAAAGUGAUAAAUGCGAACUGGGGUGCGGACUACGGCACUCACAUUGUUAUUGAAUCAUCAGACAAAGUUCGUCAACUUUAUGCACAUUUGAGCCAGAAACUGGUCAGCGUUGGUCAAAACGUCAAAGCGGGAGAUGUGAUUGCAAAGAGUGGAAAUACAGGAAGAUCAACUGGACCACAUCUUCACUAUGAAGAACGAGUUUCCCCCUAUGGCUAUUAUAAUCAUCGGAAACCACAGUUGAAUGUAGCGCAUUAG